AUGGCCAAACCGAAGAGCAAGAGACCGCGGACGACGAGUAAGGCGUCCAAAGUGCAUUGUCUGUGUCGGAAGCCGGAUGACGGAUCGCCCAUGAUCAGAUGCGAAGAGUGCAGAGAAUGGUACGUGUACCAUUUCCGUUGUGUGAGUCUUCCCGAGAGGGAUGCGGAGGAUGUCCAAACGUACAUAUGCCCUUCGUGCCACGAGCGUACGGGCUUGCGGACAAUCAUGGACUGGGAAGGUGUGGACGGCUUGGAAGAGAGCAGCGACGGGACAAGACAGAAAGCAACACCGAUGGCCAGGCAAGACGGCCCGGAGAGUGGGCGAGAUAGCGAUAUGAACUCUCCAGAGUCGGAUGAUGGAAGUGGGGACGAGUAUGUUGCGGAGGAGUCGAAGUCGAGAGUGACGGUCAAGCGUCGGACACGCAGGGUAUCGAUCUCAUCCAACUCGGACACGGAUUCCGAUGGGUCGCCCACCAAACAGAAGGCACCGAAGCGACAGCGUCGUACAAGCACUGUGACUCACGAAGGUGGUGUGCGCAAAUCUGCAUCCCCUGGUGCGAGUUCCCUGGUCAAGCGUAAGCAAUCAAGUGCCACUGCACCUCCCGCGAAGCGUGCGAAGUCCGCCUCGGGCGACGAUCCUGCGCGGAAGUAUUGCUUGACCAAGCUCGAGGAGAUAUUCUGUCCUAUUUUCCUCCGUCACCCUUUUCUGGACGGGAAGAAGGCCACCUCGGGUAACCUAGAGCCCACCAAGCAGGAAGAUCUCACCGAUGAGGAGAAAGAGAAGCUGGAGAUGACUGCGAAACAUUUCGCUGCAGACCUCGAGCAGUGUAUCUUCAACUUGUAUUCCGAUACUGACAAACACGGGAGGCAUUUCGUGGGAAGCAAGUAUAAGGAGCGUUUCAGGAUGCUAACAUUUAAUCUAAGCAAACCUGAUCGUGUGCUACUUCAUAAGCGCAUAGCUUCAUCGAGCCUCACGCCAAAUGAACUGUCGACAAUGACCUCCACCGAGCUGGCUGACGAAGAGACAAAACAGUCCAUCAGGCAUGCUGAAGAGGAAGCGCUGGCUCAUUCUAUCCUCAAGAAACAGGCGCUUCCCCGUGCGAAGAUCACGCACAAAGGUAUUGAGAAUAUCGAGGAUGUCAACGGUGCUACGCGUGAUGUUGAGCGUGCGCGUGAGGACCAGGAGGAGGAAGAUAGGAUCGCGCGCGAAAGACAGGCUCGUUUGCGGCUCCAGGCUGAGCGUGCGCGAUCUGCGAGCACGCAGGGUCAGGGGUCUGUUCCGCCUGAGUCUCCCGUUGUCCCACAGACUCCUACUUGGGGUGCCCCGCCUCCUGUUCCUUUGCAUGCUUCGCACACAGAUGUCAAUGUGGGAGUACCUGGCAUGGGCAGGCCUCCUGCGAAUCCGCUGUUCGUACCGUCUGCGUCGGACUACCAGACUCCUGUAGAGGGCGAGCUGAACCUUGCCGACCUCAUCAAUAUUGACGAGGACGUUCCGAACGAUGUUCCCGCUACUGCACCCACACCGACGCCUUUCGGUGAGGAUACCCCGCCGCCGUUCCAAGCGCACUCCCCUGGCGCACAAAGUCUGUCACCUCCCGGUGCUGCAGGUCCGACACCAUCCACAGGGAUGUCUCCGUUCGCGGCGAAGCCUGAUUUAACGUCGCGCCCGUCGUUUGAUCUCAAUGCGUUAUGGGUUCCUAAAGGCGAUUCCCCUGGGCAGGAGCAAUCGACUGAGCUUCAGGAUGUGCCGAUGCAGGAUGGAGAGUCGGAGCCCACCGUUGAGCCCCACCCUCUGGGCGAGACGGCCGACGAUCAGGACUUCGACAUGUUCCUAGGCAAGGACGAAGAGGAACCACCUGCUCCACCACCAGUGGAUAACAGUCCGGAGGGACUGCGUGCUGCUUUCGAAGCCCUUCCGAAAGUAUGGACAGGCACGCUGAGCAUGCCACUGGAUUCAGCGAUGGCUCAAGACGUAUCACUCAAUGCUCGCCAGUCUGGUGGGCGGGCGCUGGAGGACGGCUCGCCUCUUUGGCAAACCUUGUUACCCUCCAAGGAGCUUCGCAUUGAUGGCAGAGUGCCCGUGGACAAAUCCGCGCAGUACCUCACGCAGAUGCGCUUGAACCCAUUGAAAGAGCUCAUAGCGGUGGCCUUCUCUCCUGAGCCUGGCCUUGGCAUCGAGGGCACGGGCUUCAAACUUCUGAUUGAUCACUUGACAGCGAAAGGGCGUCAUGGACUCGUAUUCCCUUGGGGAAACCGACCGAAAGACUGGGCACCAGGCCGUGAGCUGUACAUCAUUCCCCUUCUGGCUUCCGAUCCGAUCCCCGAAUACAUGGAGCUUCUCGACGACCUUCGUCUUCCCAAACAACGCACAUCCAACUAUCUUGUCGGAAUAUGGGUUCUGAACAAGGGCAAAUUAGCACCGCCCCCACCGACCUCUACUCCUGCGCCGCAUCCCUUGGGCCCGGGCGCACCUCCCAUCCAGUUACCUCAAUCGCUCCUGGAUCUUCUUCCCUCCUUCGUUCCCCAGCCUCCAUCUCAGCCUCAGUUUUUUGUACCACCCCCUACGCAGCCGCCUGCUACGAACUCUGCCCUGGCUGCAGAGGUGGCGCAGCUGACUCCCGAACAGAUACAGUUGAUGUUGCGCACGUUGACUUCGACUACGCUUGCACCACAACAGCCUACUAUAUCCGGACCAUCACAGCCUGCCAUCCCAAUUGUCCCGCAUAUACCCCCGGCGGCCAGUCUACUACCGCAACAGCUACCACCCGGCCAACAGCAGCCCAUACCCCUGCAGCCGUGGCUCAACCCGGCAGCCAUCUACCCACCGCCAUUUCAAUCUCCCCCGCACAACAUGUAUCCCGGUCAAGGCCCGCCUCCGUCACAUCCUUAUCCUGAGAUGCAUCAGGACUUCUACGAACGCGACCGACCGGGUCCACGUGGGCGGUUUGACGGUCCUGGUGACCGUGGGCAGAGAGGAAGAGGACGGAAUCGAGGAAGGGGACGCGACCGCGAUCGCGAGCAUGAGAGGCCGAGGGACUCUGGGUGGAAGAGCAGAGGGCGUGGAAGAGGUGGUGGUGGCGGUGCGUCUAGUCCGCCGCGAGGUCGCGGACGGAAUGACCACCCGGAUGGAGUUGAUGUGGUUGCGUCUGCUGUUGUCCUGUCUCGUUGA